ACCCGAGUUUUUUUGCAACAAGGACACGAAAGCUAAGUUCCUGUGCAACUUCCCUCAAAGAUAGAAGGGUUAUUGGCUGCAACUAUCAACAGACGUUUCAUCCAUCUCUGUGUCGUUUUUACAGCCUUGAUGCUAGUUUGAAACCAGCUUGUGUCUUUGAUCACUCAUCAUGAUGCGCUACUGGGGAGAGAUCCCUGGACCUACAGGGGCACCUCCCAGCCGCAGCUCCUUUGACUUGCUCCAGCGUGAGUUUCGCUCCGUGGAGAUGCAGGACCCUCCCCUGCACCAGCCCUCAGCCCAGCGUCCCCGGCCCACCACCAUGCUGGACAUCCCCUCAGAACCCUGCAGCCUCACCAUCCACACAGUGCAGCUGUGUCAGCACACCCGCCGCCUCCGGGCCCUCUUGGCAGCGGCCCAGGCCCAGGCUCAGGGUCAGAGCUCAGCGUCCUCUGAAGCGGGCAGCAGGAUGGAGGAGGGUGAUACCAGCCUCCCUCUACGUCCUCCCACUCCACCUGUCAUGCCAGAUGAUCUGUUACCUGUGGACAGCAAAGCCCCACGGCAACCCUUCCAGCUCCGCCACAGUGACCCUGAAAGUGACUUUUAUAAGGGUAAAGGUGAGCCUGUCACAGAGCUGAGUUGGCCCUCCUGCAGGCAGCUCCUCUAUCAGUCAGUGGCCACCGUCCUGGCCCAUGCUGGCUUCGAGUGUGCUCAGGAGAGUGUGCUGGAGACUCUGACCGACCUGGUCCACGAGCAUUACCUGCGCCUCACCCGCCUGCUGCGGGUGGCGGUGGACCGGGAGGCACGGCUAGGGGCGAGCCCCUUCCCAGAUGUGGUGGAGCAGGUGUUUCAUGAGGUGGGCAUCGGCAGCGUGCUGGCCCUGCAGCGCUUCUGGCAAGUGAGGAUCAAAGACUAUCACAGCUACAUGCUGCAGGUCAGUAAGGAUCUGUCAGAGGAAUAUGAGAGGCUGGUGAAUCCAGAGAAAGCUCUGGAGGACUCCAAGCCCCCGAGGAUAAAGGAGGAGCCCAUGAGUGACAUCUCCUUCCCUGUUAGCGAGGAGCCGGAAGCUGACCUGGCCUCUGGGGACCAGGCUCUGCCCAUGGGGGUCCUCGGGGCCCACGGUGAAAGGCUGGCUUCAGGCCUGGAUGGUGACCAUUCUCCUCACACCUCAGGUGGGGGCGGAGCCAGCAACUCCCCUCUGUGGCCGCAGGUAAAAAUGGAGCCGCAGGAUGGCGAGGAGGGUCAGGGCUCAGGCCACCACCAUCACCACCAUCACCACAGCGUCCUGGGUGGAGAUGUUUUCGAGGAGGGGGGACCCAUGUCCACCAUGAGCGAAUCGGGAGGGGCCAUGGCGCCCUCACCUGCGGGAGCGGCGUCAGACGGCAGCUACGCCUCGCACUCACCCGACUCCCUGAUGGGCACGUCGCCCGUCUUCAACCAGAGACCAAAGAAACGGGCGAAGAAGAUGUGAAGAAGAGACAGCGGACUCUCAGUUUUCCACGCUACUUAUCUUGGACUGGUGGUGUUGGACUCCUCUCCGGUCGAGAUCAUGAGCACUGUGUAAACUGACAGCAGACAAUGUCAUGAAAGAACUGAACUGAUGAGAGGAAAAAAAGAUAUUUUGUAUUUUUCAUGUUUGUUUUUAUGAGUAUAGUUUCUGUCAAAUAACUGAAACCCACUGAAUAUAUUAAAGGGGUUUAUUGUCAAAAGAA